AUGGCUCAACACCUCAUCAGUCAAUCGAUUUUCACUAAAUUCCAAGAAAAAUGUUCAAAGCAACUCGGUCACAGCGAAUUUGCUAUCAUACUAGGACAGAAUCGCAGUGUCUUUGUGAAAAAUGUCACACUUCAGGAUGAGGAUCAUACUACUAACAUUGCUAGAGAAACCACGACCCGCCACGUCCGUGUCCAUCCAUUAGGCGACAAUAUCAACGACAUCAACGAAGGCAGCGAUGUCAUUGGGCAGUACUUCCAAGGCGAUAUAGCACUUUCACUGGAACAAAAAAGAGAUAUCGUGGAGGAUUUUUUGGAAGGAAGUUCCGAACGUACCAAGCGUCAAGCGUUCAGCCCUAAAUUACACACGAAACUGUGGAAGGACGGGGUUGUGUACUAUUCCUUCAACAAAACGAUCAGCAAGGAACUACGUAACAUAUUCAAAAAGGCAGCCGAAUCAUGGACAAAGGAUAGUUGCGUUCAGUUCGUAAGGAAUCCUGAUGUUGAUCCGAGCGAGCCUCGUCCAACCUAUCGAACAGUUAGACCAUUUUCUACUACUGCUGCCACCACGACAACAAUCGCUCCUACAACCACCACGCUUUACGCUGCACCAAAACGAAGAUGCGAGGACCAUCCGAAGUGCCCUAUUUACGAAUUGAGCGGGAUCUGCACAAGAGAGUACUUUUCGGUACAGUUCAGGAAACAAAUGUGUCCUAAAAUGUGUAAUCUGUGUGAUUGA